GUCUCGCCUGUAAGUGUUUCCUUCUGUGCUAGCACGUCUAUUGCCAUUCCGAGAUUCAAUGGCAAGUAGUUGCAAGACGUCGUCGAGGUAAUCCUGUCGCAUCUGCGCGACGAGUCCUCCGCUGUUUAUCCCGCCAUGCAACGGUGCAAAUCCUUAGCAAAAGCCAUCAAAUCGAGGCGGGCUCCUCCGUGGCCGUCAUCGCCAACAAAAGACCUGCCCGGGCGAGAAGUUGCUGACGAGCUUGUCGACUGCUACCUCCGAACCGUCGAGACCGUGCAUCGAAUCCUGCACAUUCCCAGCUUCAGACGUGAUUACGAGGCGCUCUGGACGCCAGCCUCCGAGCCCGACAUGGCCUUCCUGGUGCAACUCAAGCUCGUCUUUGCCAUCGGCGCAACCACGUACGACGAGCAAUUCUCGCUGCGGACGUCAGCCAUCCGAUGGGUGUACGAGGCGCAGACCUGGAUCUCGGAGCCAGAGUUCAAGGCAAGACUGGGCAUCCAGUUCCUCCAAAUCAACGUCCUGCUCCUGCUUGCUCGCGAACUGGUAGGUGUCGGCGGCGACUCGGUCUGGGUUUCGGCGGGCGCGCUCCUCAGAAGAGCAGUGAGCAUGGGGCUGCAUCGCGACCCGGCACAUCUCCCCAAGAGUACAAUAUUUGCAACUGAGAUGCGCCGCAGGCUCUGGAACACCAUCCUCGAGGUCGUGCUGCAGUCGAGUCUGACCUCCGGGGGGCCGCCGCUUGUUUCCCUGGACGACUUUGACGCCCAGCCCCCAAGGAAUCUUGACGACGAGCAGCUCGUGGCCGACAACCCCGUGCCGAAGCCAGCCAGCCAGUUCACUCAAGCAACGGUUGCGAUAGCGCUUCGGGCGACGUUUCCGCUGCGCCUCGCCGUCACCAAGUUCCUGAACGAUCUCAGCGCGCACGGCACGUACGAGGAGACUCUUCGGCUCGACGCCCAGCUGCGCGCGGCAUACAGGGCCCUACGUCGCAGCCUCCGCGGCGGCCACGGCUCGAACACCGGUCUCGCGCCCUCGGCGUUCGCACUGCGCGCCGUCGACUUCCUCAUCAACCGCUACCUGUCCGCUCUACACGUCCCGUUCUUUGCUCUUGCAGCGCUCGAGCCAGCCUACGCGUUUUCCAGGGCCGUCGUGCUCGAGGCCUCGCUCAAGAUCUGGUGCGCAGCGUGCCCGGCCUCGACAGCUUUACCAACCCAGCCUCGCAGUAAUAGCGAGAGUGAGAGCGCGAGCAACAGCGAUAUCACCGCCUCCCUCCACGACGCCUUACCGCGCCUAGUGGCCUGCGGCUCGGGCUACUACCGCACCGCCGCGAUGCAAGCCGCCCUGCUCGUAGCGAUAGAGCUCAAAACCGCACUAGAAGAAGAAGACGAAGGGCUAGGCCCUGUGCGCCUGCGCCCGGACCUGCUUGCUGUGCUGGCCGACGCGGAAGCGUGGUGCCUGCGGUGCGUCGAGAUCGGUGAGACGAACGUCAAGGGCUACGUGCUUGUGUGCGUGGUUACUGCGCUGAUCAGAGGGCUCAGUGCUCGGCUCGGCCGAAACGAGAUCCACGCUCUGCUGGUAAAGGCGAUGCGUAACGCGGCGGCAGCUUGUGUGCCUUUGCUUGAGGGAAUGGCUGCGCGAGGUUGGGGCGAAGAAAGUGUAGGUGAGGCGCAGCAGAUGGCGCUGGGUGAGACGUCGGUGCUGGAUGAUUGGGACAAGCUGAUGGCGGAUUCGUUGUUUGAACCUGAGGGCUUGGAGCCCAUGAACUGGAUCUUUGGCGAGACGCCGCAGGGGACGGCGGCUUGGUGAGAUGUGAUCGAAUCACAGCAAGUAAAGCUUUUGAACACUAUGACUCUUACCCAUUGCGUGGGGAAUUUUGCAGUCAGAUAUCCAGAUAU